AAAGGGCUUAUUUAGUGGGUUGUUGGUGAAAAAAACAAAGAUUCCGUGAAAAAAGGUAAAAAGCUCUCUGUGGAUUGGAAUUUGGUGGCUGCCAGUGCGUCAGGAGUGAUAACCUUUGCCUGGUCAGCAGAUUAAACACAUUCCCGGGUUGCUAGAUGAUGCGAAUUGGUGGGAAGAGUGCGUGAAAAAGUGGGCAUUGCGUGCAAGGUCAAAGGGAAGGAAUAAAAAGGACUUGUGGCAGGAAAUUUUCAUCAUUCCGGAAGUGUACGUGCUGGCCAACGUGGGUCGGAUGAGCGGGAUGCUGUGAAGUGUGUGACCAAUGUUCAGAAUGCAAAUCAGUGGAAGAUGCUCCCAAUCUUCAUUACUUUUCUGCUCUUUGGUGUCUUUGACGAAGCAUAUCCUCAGUCGCUGACGACGCAUUCGCUGAGAAAGACACCAGCUGCUGCGGCAAAGGGAAAUGAUCUGUGGUGCUACUCAUGCGAAUCAAUGGAAGAUGGGGAGAUGUGCACAGACCUGUCCGGGAAUCAUUCCAACUUAAUACGGAAAUGCAAAUCUGAGGAAUUCUCGUGCAUGGUCAAGCGCUUCUCCUACACAAUCACCACGGAAAACUCCACGACGCCGCCGCGGAUGUGGUCGCUGCAGCGAAUGUGCGCCAGCAAUUGCGAAAGGGGAUGCAUUGUGAUUGGGGAGAGGACCAAGCUCUAUGCCUGCACAUCAUGCUGCGAGACGUCGCUGUGCAACAAGGACGACGGCAGUGCCCCACCGGGCUUCCAUGUUGUCCCCCAGGGGAUCCUCACGGCCAUCGCCCUGGCAUUUGUGGCCACAGCCAAUCGAUCCCUUGCCAACUGAUAGAGGAACAAAAAUUCCAAAGCCAAACCCCCAUGUUCCCGGACUUGCCCGGAAGUCUUUUUUCUUAUAAAUUUACUUACAAUUAGCAAUUUUUCCUGCAUUUCUUUCGUGCCGUAGAAAAAAAAAAGUCGAAAUAUCAAUCUCAAAAAAAAAGUGGAAACAAGCCAAAUUUUUAGAAUAUAUAGGAAUUAAUUAUAAUAUUAUACAUAAAAUAAUAAUAAAUUUUAAAUAUGACAUCCCUA